AUGUCUACCUUGAAAGAAUACCGACCAAUGCACAAAGCGGAAAUGGCGGUUUACGGCCGAAUAUACCCAGAGAUCAUUGAAGAGGACAUUAAGCGUACAGGGGUUUACAUCGAAAUAUUCGACACAGUGGUGGUAAUUGAGAUGGAGGAAGACAUUGCGAUACCCAAAGCCGAUUUCGACCAAACCAUGGCGAACCAACAAGUUCAAGGACGAACUGACAAUGAAAGUCAAUUCAUCACGGUUAAAAGUUUUGGAACUGGAUUGACCCGCACCAUACGAGUUUCAACACAGAUUCGCAACAACGAAAUAAGACAGCAAAGCGAAGGAUGUGCGAGCAGUGCUAUCAAGGAUUUACGACGCGCUUCGCAGCUGGCACGUCAGGGAGAGGCCCAGGAAAGCGGCAAACUAUUCAAAGCCAAAGAUGCAGAUGUAUCCAAAGUCCAAGAAUUACAAGAGUCUGCAAACACCAAGGCCGUCGACAGAAGUCGUGAUUUCGCAGCAGAAUUUGCAGAGAACAUAUCCGAGGGCGUCUCUCAGGCAGACUCGCAGGGGUAG